GUGGCUUCAAUCGGAAGUGAACAGAUGGAAAUGGGCCGAAGCCGUAUUCACAACUGACGAUUACAACCAAUCAUUUGGGUUUCCCCCGAAACGAAUGGCAUCGGUUCUUGUUGUUGCUUUUUAAAAUGGACAGAAACGCUCGGCUCGAACUUCGCUGGGUGGCUUUGGCUUCAAGAAGAAUUCUCCUGCAAAUUGUCGGAGACGCCGUCGUCACUGAGCACGUGAGCGUCUCACGCGCAGAAUCCGCAACGACACCCCGUUUAUUUACGUUUCGGGUUUCAGUUGUUGCCCGCGGAUGACCAGCGCUCGGGAGAGGGUGACGAACGUUAUUUGCGGCGGAGUAAAUAGUACAUACACGAGUAGCGGGAACUCGAACCCGACUGGAUCCGGGCUGGCACCGGAUGGAAGUGAGCGCGGCUGGUUUUCGAGUCAGUUUAGAUUUAGAUGUCGUUUGGGUAGAGUCGUGCCCGGGUUCGUGUGAUUCCUUGAGGUGAGCCGCGUAAUGAGUUAGUCCUGAGCUGGGGACUGUCGGUGCGUCGUGAUCGCGCUGGCUCACGAAGGACCUUUCGCCAGUGGGCCGUCAAUUAAAGAGCGAGCUAAAUUUAGGUGGUGCAUAAGGCAAAGUGCAUUACGUUGCAGAUUUGGCGGCAAGACUGAACCGUCAGUAAUAGACAAAGAAACGGUUUGACGCGGCUGGUCGCGAUUUCAGUCGAAGUGGUGAAUGCGUGGCGGCGUGCUAUUUUUGGCUCGGUGUCGGGAGCACAGGCGGCGGCGGCGGUUGAACCCGAUCGCGUGGAGCCCGUGAAAGCCUCACGGGAGAGCUGGACUGCCCGCACGAGUGAAGGACGCUGGUCGACGAGAGUCUUUCGGAAGGGAACCUGCUCCCGUGGCUGCGAGGAAGUCCACAUCACGGUGCUGUGAACCCGUGACGAAAUCUCUUGUUUGCCGUUUCGACACUUGUUCUAUUUUGGGUUGCUGUUUUCUGCUCGGUUUUGGUGUCGUCAUUCUUUGAACUUGCGAGCAGAAUUCGUUUGGAAUGUACGCAUUCCUCCGGAUCAUUGACAGCAGCAACUUAAAGAAGUUCGUUAAUUAACAGUAGUUAGGACUGCAACGUAUUCGUGCAGACGUUCGCCGUUAUCGGAUCCAAGUUAGCAGUUUCGCGAGUUGACCGCGAGGAUCCAGUGGGUGUAAGGCGGUCGAUGCAGUGGUUGCACAAGUAUUUGCACAAUGUUUUUUGUUUGUCGGCCAAGCUAGGUGGGAAUUGUUACUGUGUGGUCCCAACUUCACCUGCUGCAAGUGCGUGUUAUGAAAAGGUAUUGUGUCUGUUGUUGCGUUAGUGCAGUGCGAGUUUGAGUUCUCAUGGAAAGCAACAUGUCGACGAAAGCAACCCCACCGCCAGUUGUCAAAAUCAAAAAGGAAAUUGCCAGCGAUGAAAUCAAAGACUUUGCUGAAACGGCCAUGAAUGAACUGCUCGGGUGGUAUGGAUACGACAAUGUAGACAGAAUUGAUCUGCAGGGAAAACAUACACGAAUUCCUGGACCAAUGGUAAAUUCGGUGGAGAAUUCAUUCAGAAACGAUUCGAAUAAUAGCAACAGCCAUCAUGAUACCAGUGGUGCUCCUAGUCAUGACAGUUCUCGGGAAGAUUCCAGAAGUCCAAGCUCAACGAAAAACUACGAAAAAAUAGAGACUCUUUGCGGAUGGUGUAAGCGCUUAGUACCACAAAACUCACCAGAUUUUUUAGCAACACCUGAAGGACCCCGUUACUGUUCAGAAUCUUGCUUCGCUCAAAGCCGUCGGGCUUCCUUCAAGCGUGCAAAAACAUGUGAUUGGUGUCGUCAUGUACGUCAUGCGGUCAGUUAUGUGGAUUUCCAGGAUGGAGCUUCGCAAUUACAAUUUUGUUCAGACAAAUGCUUAAAUCAGUACAAGAUGCAGAUAUUCUGUAAGGAGACACAAGCUCAUUUAGACAUGAAUCCGCAUUUAAAAGAUAAAGGGGUGGAUACGACUGGUGCUCUUAUUACGCCUGAUUUAUGGUUGAAAAAUUGCCGCAGCCGCUCAGCAACGCCAGAACAUUCGGAUGUUUCUAGAUCGUCAACACCAACCCAGAAGAAUUCAAUGUCACAACAGUUAGUGCAUAAGCCAGUGAUCUCGGUGGCACCACCUUCAAAACUUCUUUCCAGAACCCAACUGAUGGAGAGCACAAGGCAGUCACCAAAACAUAAUCGUAAAAAGCGUUUUACCCGAUUGAAUAUAGGUCACAACAGUGCUGGUCAUAAUGGUAGUGGUAGUGGCGGCGGCGGUAUAAGUAAUUGUAACAGUAGCAUCCCGAAAGUAGGGGUUGAAAAUGUGAAUAAUAAUCAAAGCAGCGCUGCAAAACCCUGCACUUUCACCAAUGUACAAGAUCUGCGGAUGAACAUCCCACCUGUUUCUCCAAUAGACAGUACGCUUCCUCCUAGGGUUGGACUUAGUUCUCCCUUUUUCUCGGGCCUAACCCCUGGUGCAUUUAAUGUUAACCAGCCGUUCCUCAACAAUCACCCACAUCCUCGUCUAUUGGGGCUUAACUCACAAUCUCAGAUACUUCCAAUACCUGGAGCGGAUUUUGCAAGCUUGUUUUCGGCUUUUGGAACGACACCUCCUCCUGUUACUGUGAUGGUUCCGUAUCCAAUCAUAGUUCCUCUUCCAAUUCCGAUUCCCGUACCAUUACCUAUAACAGAUUUCAUCAAGGCAGCUGAAUCUCGAAAAAAUGGUGCUAUGCCUUCGCAAAAGGGGGAAACAGAAACAAGCUCCCACGAACAAGAAGAGUACGUCGAGCCCUUAGACUGUUCCAAAUCCAAACCACUUCCUCCCGAACCUGAUGACGUUGAAAAAUCAUCCACUUCGAAAGAUGACUCGCUCCACAGUUUAGAAAACCAUAACUCAGACGAUAUCGGUGACAAAGACACUCUGCCCAAACUGAAGAUAACAAGGCUCAAUUCGAAACGCGCAAUAAUGAACCCGCCCCGAGAAUCUGAGAGUAGUAGACCACUAAGGAAGCGUAAAAGGGUCAUUGAUUGUGAUUAUGUAAAAGCAUCCAAAGAAUUUGACGACAAAAAUAAGUCUAGAAAGUAGGCAAAGAUCUGCCAAAUGCU